UUAUUUUUUAAAUUAGUUUCAGCUUUUAUCUGUUUUAUUUUUAUUCUUAUUUAUUCUUGAAUUCAAGAUUAUAUCUUGUUUCAAAUGUGUAUAUAGUGUGUGCCCGCAAUAUAUUGAAUUGCGUUUGUUAAAUAUAAAUCAAAAUAAUUAUGCGAAUCAAGUACAUCUGCGAGAUUUUUCAGUUUAUUGUCAAAAAUAUCAUUGUCGCGACAUCUUUCGAGAAUUACUACUAACGCAAUACUGCUAACAAAAGCAUUAGAUGAUAACGAGUACUGUACCGAGUGUAGUCAACCUCUGACUCAGAUAUCUCACAUGUCGGUAUCAAGAAGAUCGUGACAUCUAUUGUAAGUCGAUGGAAACACAUUAUUCUUCAAGGAAAAGAACCGAUACCGGCGAAUAUAAUGAGAAGUUAAGAGAAAAUGUGAAUACGAGACGAUAGAUUUGUUCGUAUUGAUCUAUUCAUACUUUGAGUUAACCUCGAAGGUAGAUCCAACACGAGACAAUGAAGAAACAGGAAAAGUUGCAGCCAAAUACACCCGUUGUCCCUAUUACUUUGGACACAGCUAUCACUAUAAGAAUAGCUAUGGGUGCAAAGAUGCCUCAUGAAAGGGGACUGAUGAAUCGCGCGGAUAUGUGGCACAAAAUCAAAGUGGUUAAAGGCGGCCUGUACGACAAGGACACAGUCUUGAAAGGCAUCCUGAAGGCAGUGGAGCCAAACGAUCUGAUACCGGUGAAGUAUCAGGUUUGUGGAGAAGAUGGGUAUUUUGUCUGCAGAAAUUGCGGUCCUGCGCUAGAAAUGCUAUGCAAGGCGAACAUGAUCGUGAAGAACGCCAACGGCGACGCGCUCAUUCUUGUGGUAACCCUGGGAUUCUCUUCGAUCAAUGAUCUGAGAAUCCACAUACAGCCCCUUCUGUUGACCGCACUGACAAAGCGAUACAAUCCGAACCGGAGGACACUGAACCUGGAGAACUUUCACACGGAUCCGAAUAUACAGAAUAUUGUGUUUUGUCCUUUGUCGCAACCCAGAACUUCCAAUCACGUUUUAAAGCUGGCCAGUACCGCGAUAGCCACCUUCGAGAACCUGAACCUGCAGCACAACGAAUUGCUCAGCAUAUCGACAGAAAUUUCCAGUCUGACGUCCGUCAAGUAUCUGGAUCUGAGGAACAACAGUCUGUUGAACAUGAACGUGCUAAUGCCUCUGAGAAAUCUGGAAAUCCUGAAACUCUGGCUCGACGGGAAUCCGCUUUGCGAAAAUUACUCGACUGCGAAGCAAUACGUCGACUCCGCGAAGAAGUACUGCCCGUACUUGCAGGAAUUGGACGGCGUGUGCAUCGUAGAAAACAUGCCGUUGAUAUACAAAGACUAUUUCACAGACGACAAGUCGCAGCACUUUGCCUAUACAUUUGUCACGCAUUUUUUUGGUCUGUUCGAUCAGCUCGACAGAACGGUCCUACGGGGGCUCUAUCACAAGGACGCGUUUUACUCCAUGAGCUUCGCCAUACCCCACAACAUCGCGCAGAAGACCGGCCUUAACCAGUAUUUGUCGAACAGAAACCUGUUGAGAAAGGGCCAGAAGAAGCAUACGACGGACAAACAUCUCUACCGCGGCCAGGAGGACAUUCUGGCGGCUUUCAGCAAGUUGCCCCGGUCCUACCACGACAAGACUACCUUCACUUACGACAUUAUGUACCAAGACGACAACUGCAAAGUGUUCAGCGUCUCGGGAUUGUUCAAGAAACUGAGUUCCGGUACGAACGUUUUGUCGUUCUCUAGAACGUUCAUCUUGUUGGCCUCCGCCGACAACGAGUACCACAUUUUGAACGAUCAGUAUCACAUAUUCGCGGCACCGGCCAACAUGACGCCCGACAGAAUAGUAGUCAAGUAUACUUAUGACGAGGUGGAGCCGGUUUGCUUCAGUCCGAGUGAAAAAUCAGUACUAAUCACCAGAAUGCAGCAGAUCACGAAGAUGAACAAGGAAUGGUCCGAGAAUUAUCUGUCGGAAGCCCAGUGGGACAUGCGGAAGGCAAUAUAUAGCUUCAUGAAGGACCUCAAGGAUUCGACGAUACCGAACCAAGCAUUUGCCCCGCAGAGCUCGUAGAAUUCGCAAUAAUACGUUGUUUUUGACCGAGGAUGGAGAACGAGGUGCUUAGUGACUUCAUCCAAAGGUUAUGCACUCAAGGACCGUAACGUUCAUCCGGACGAUGUGAAUGAAACGAAAUCGCGAAGGCAGGCGAGUUUUUUUACCCUUUCUAAUCGCUUUACGUCGCACAGUGUGCGAAAGGGAGCUGCUGGAGAUCUCUUCGAGACUUUAUUUAUACUCGAUUAAGUAAAUCACCACGCUUGAAUGCGGAUCUGAAACGGCUCGUUAAUGAUUUAAUCACGAGGAUGAUACUACGAAAUAUUAUUAGUCACUGUCAUUACUAAAAUAGAUAUGCGAAACCGCGAAUAAAAUUGUCAUCUGUUAAUAUAGAACUAAUAUUCAUAAUAAAUUUUAUACGCGCGUCCGUUCGUAAUUAUAUAGUUUCAAUUACCCAGGUUCGAUAACGGUGCAUAAUUUAACGCUAACACCGUACAAGAAUAAUAAUUAUGGAGGUAAUUCAUGGUUCAGGCGAUUGCGGGAGAAUUAAAGUUUUUAUUAUGCGCGCGAAGUGAACUUUAUGCUGUACAUGCAAAUUUUCGCCAGGAAAAUGAUACGAAUGAUUUAAUAGGUCGCAAUGAAGACGUGACUUAGGUUGUAAUCGUGAGGUCUGGCGUAUACGAGAGUAAUUUUAUUUCAAUAAGAAAAUGAUAGCCCUCCCUUCUAAUAAAAGCUCUUUUCAUCGCAUAAAUUAGACAAUGCGCUUCUAAAUCGAAUUGCUAAUUAAAUCGAAUUGCAACCGUGACAUCGAAGAUUGUGUACUAUUGUAUGAUAUAAAUAUGUAAUUACAGCCUAAAAAGAUCAACCUCGAAGGACAACGUGAGAUACAGCUCGCGUGUAACAGUACGAGUGUUUGCAUUGCAUCAUCGUUGCAAGGAAAUAUGCAGUAAUACCAUGGCAGCCAAAUAAACAAUCAUAAUACGUUUACGGUAGUCCGAUCUUAUCAUCUUCGGCUCUUGUUGUUGCGCAAUCUUGUCAUUUCCGGAUCGUCAGGGCUCAAGAACAUUCUUCGCGUGUGAGAAAAAAAAGGAAAAAAAAAGUACCUUGUACAAUGACACGGUUACGCCGAUACAUCAGACAAUUUUUAACAUAGAGGAUCACGCUUUGUAUUGAAAACUAAGAAAUGAAACAUAUUAGUCGCAUAGUAUUUUUUUUUGACAAGUUAGUCACGUGCCUUUCAACCGGCAAUUAUGAAAAACGAGACGCGGAAAUGUCAGGAAAAAAAAAA